CGUCAGGGGGAGAACUUCCUCCUUCUUGGCUCUCCCCACUUACUUCCUGAUAACCUGGUAGAGGUCUCCCGCGGGCGGGGUGGGGAGGCAUAGCAACUUUAGGCAACUUCCCAAAGGUGUGCGCAGGUUGGGGGGGUGGAACGCGGCGCCCCGGGAGGUGGCGGCCUCUGCGACAGCGCGAGUGUAAGAGUGGACCUGCAGGCCGGUCUCGAGGAGGUGGAGCGGCACCCGCCGUGUGCCUGGAAUCGGCAUGCUGGGGCAGGAGGGCAGCCGCGUGUCAGGUGACCAGCGCCAUGUCCAGCCAGGUGGUGGGCAUUGAGCCUCUCUACAUCAAGGCAGAGCCGGCCAGCCCCGACAGCCCAAAGGGUUCUUCAGAGACGGAGACCGAGCCUCCUGUGGCACUGGCCCCUGGUCCAGCUCCCACCCGCUGCCUCCCAGGCCAUAAGGAAGAGGAGGAUGGGGAGGGGGCUGGGCCUGGCGAGCAGGGCGGUGGGAAGCUGGUGCUCAGCUCCCUGCCCAAGCGCCUCUGCCUGGUCUGUGGGGACGUGGCCUCUGGCUAUCACUACGGUGUGGCAUCCUGUGAGGCCUGCAAAGCCUUCUUCAAGAGGACCAUCCAGGGGAGCAUCGAGUACAGCUGUCCGGCCUCCAACGAGUGUGAGAUCACCAAGCGGAGACGCAAGGCCUGCCAGGCCUGCCGCUUCACCAAGUGCCUGCGGGUGGGCAUGCUCAAGGAGGGAGUGCGCCUGGACCGCGUCCGGGGUGGGCGGCAGAAGUACAAGCGGCGACCAGAGGUGGACCCACUGCCCUUCCCGGGCCCCUUCCCUGCUGGGCCCCUGGCAGUCGCUGGCGGCCCCCGGAAGACAGCCCCAGUGAAUGCACUGGUGUCUCAUCUGCUGGUGGUUGAGCCUGAGAAGCUCUAUGCCAUGCCUGACCCUGCGGGCCCUGAUGGGCACCUCCCAGCCGUGGCUACCCUCUGUGACCUCUUUGACCGAGAGAUUGUGGUCACCAUCAGCUGGGCCAAGAGCAUCCCAGGUUUCUCAUCGCUGUCGCUGUCUGACCAGAUGUCAGUACUGCAGAGCGUGUGGAUGGAGGUACUGGUGCUGGGUGUGGCCCAGCGCUCACUGCCACUGCAGGAUGAGCUGGCCUUUGCUGAGGACUUAGUCCUGGAUGAAGAAGGGGCACGGGCAGCUGGCCUGGGGGAACUGGGGGCUGCCCUGCUGCAACUGGUGCGACGGCUGCAGGCCCUGCGGCUGGAGCGAGAGGAGUACGUUCUACUGAAGGCCCUGGCCCUUGCCAAUUCAGACUCUGUGCACAUCGAAGAUGCUGAGGCUGUGGAGCAGCUGCGAGAAGCUCUGCACGAGGCCCUGCUGGAGUACGAAGCCGGCCGGGCUGGCCCCGGAGGGGGUGCUGAGCGGCGGAGGGCGGGCAGGCUGCUGCUCACGCUACCGCUCCUCCGCCAGACAGCAGGCAAAGUGCUGGCCCAUUUCUAUGGGGUGAAGCUGGAAGGCAAGGUGCCCAUGCACAAGCUCUUCUUGGAAAUGCUCGAGGCCAUGAUGGACUGAGGCAAGGGGUGGUCCUGGUGGGGGUUCUGGCAGGACCUGCCUAGCAUGGGGUCAGCCCCAAGGGCUGGGGCGGAGCUGGGGUCUGGGCAGUGCCACAGCCUGCUGGCAAGGCCAGGGCAAUGCCAUCAGCCCCUGGGAACAGGCCCCACGCCCUCCCCUCCCCCCUCCUAGGGGGUGUCAGAAGCUGGGAACGUUGUGUCCAGGCUCUGGGCACAGUGCUGCCCCUUGCAAGCCAUAACGUGCCCCCAGAGUGUAGGGGGCCUUGCGGAAGCCAUAGGGGGCUGCAGGGGAUGUGUGGGAGGCAGAAGCCUAUCUCAGGGAGGGAAGGGGAUGGAGGCCACAGUCUCCCAGUGGGUGAUGCUUUUGCUGCUGCUUAAUCCUACCCCCUCUUCAGAGCAGAGUGGGACUUGGAGAGCAAAGGCCCAUACCCCUUCGCUCCUCCUCUCAUCAUUUGCAUUGGGCAUUAGUGCCCCCCCUUGAAGCAAUAACUCCAAGCAGGCUCCAGCCCCUUGACCACUGGGGUGGCCAGGGCUUCCCCAUCAGCUCCCACCCAACCUCCUCAGGGGGUAGGAGAGCACUGCCUCUAUGCCCUGCAGAGCAAUAACACUAUAUUUAUUUUUGGGUUUGGCCAGGGAGGCGCAGGGACAUGGGGCAAGCCAGGGCCCAGAGCCCUUGGCUGUACAGAGACUCUAUUUUAAUGUAUAUUUGCUGCAAAGAGAAACCGCUUUUGGUUUUGAACCUUUAAUGAGAAAAAAAUAUAUAAUGUCGAGCUCAA